AUGACCACCAGCAGCGACGACGACCAGCCGUGGCGCAGCCGGCCGGCGAGCCGCGGCUCCUCACGCACGAGCUCGAGAGCGAGUAGCGUAGCGGCGAGUACAGCCAGCGACGACAAGCCAGCGGCAACAAGACGCACCUCGCUGCGCUCGCGCCGCCCCGAGCCGCUGGUGCUCGACAAGCCGCUCCCCUCGGUGCUCAACAAGCCGCGCAGACCCAACACGGCGCUGCCGCUCGCAUCGUCGCCCGACACGCCCAUCUCGCCGCUGCUCGCGCCCCUCCCGCCAGCGCUCGCGCCGCCGCCCACCUCUCUGGCGCCGCUCACGCCCCUCGCGCUGCCACAGCCUGCGCGGCUGCGCGACUGGCGCAGCGUGCCCAUCACGCGCGUGAUCCGCUCCCGGUCGCCCAAGGACGCAGAGGUGGCGCUCGCGGCGCUGCCCCGCGUCGCGGUGCCCCCGUGA